AUGCAGAUAGAAGCAAUUUAAUUUUUUUAAAAUGAUAUUAAACCCUGGUGGGAAGAUGAAAACAAUAAAAAUGGUGGAUUAAUUCAAUUUGAUAUUCCAAUACAACACCAGGCAGUUUAUGAUUCAAUUUAUUAGGAUAUUCUUUUAUAAAUCUUAGGAUAAGCUACACAAGAAUUUAGACAUGUGCGCUAGAUUCCUAAUUUAGAUUAAUGGGUUAAGAGUCUUGGAUAAAAUUAAUGCUAAACAAGAUAAUAGAAUUAGAAUUGAAUUAUGGAUGGAUAUUGAUCCAAAAGAUUAAGAUGAAUCUAUUCCUAAAUUAAUAGAUUGGAUUGAUAGUACUUUGAAGAAACAUAUAAUUGACAUUGAUUAAACUUAAUUUAAUAAAGUAUCUCAUAAAAAAUGA